AUGGACAACAUCGACGAGGAAUAUGACCGGCUUGUUGAACACCUUCACGACUGCGCGAAGAAGGCUGAGACAGCACAAGCCGCAGGGAACCAAGAACUCACGUCCGAGCUCGCAAGGCUUUGCAGAGAGGCUAUAAAGGAAGACCUUAAAGAGAGAAGAGCAGAAGUGCUGGCUGAGGCCGCAGAGGCGGGGAAAAGCAUACGCUAUGCCCGUCGAGACUUCGCCAGUCGCACGACAUGGAUGACUGCUCUCCGGAACCCAAAGGGAACAGCCAUUGCAUCGAGAAGGGGGAUGGAGAAAAUCAUCUACGACUUCUACUCUGAUCUCUUCGACAGCCAUGUCCACUUGCCUCCUCACCAUCUGAGGGAAGACAGACAUGUCAUUCCAGAGGUUCUCCGUCCGAAAUACGACACGCUAUCAUGUCGCACGAUUGACCACAUUCACACUGUUUCGAAACUCAUCGAGGUAUCACUAGAAUACAACAUGCCGCUCUGUCUCACCAUCAUCGACUUGAAGAAGGCCUUCGACUCAGUUGAGACGGAAGUGGUCGUGGAAGCCUUGGACAACCAAGGCGUCCCUACUCAGUACAUAAAGGCACUUCGAGAGUUGUACAGUAACUUCACGACCGGAAUUUCGCCAUUCUACACGAACAUCAUCAUUGAUGUGAAGAGGGGGGUCUGA